AGAUAUAGAUAUAGAUAGGGCUAUAUUUAUUUUUAUUAAGAGAUUGUAACGUGUUUUUUAUUUUUUAUUUAUUUAUUUUUUUUGUUUAAUUACCAGACCUCUGAAACCCACAAGUAACGCUGGGAAAACGAUUUGCAACAACUGUGAGCGCGCCGUCAGCAUCUCUCAACAUCCACACGAGCGCGCAGAGCUGAGACAGAGAAGCAGCAGCAACAAUCAUGGAGUCCCGUCCGCAAGCAGCAGCAGCUCGAGAGCGUCCACAUCUGCAUUCACUGUAGAACGCAAAGUCUCCAGAUCAGAGGGAGUUCUGUGAUCUGCUAUCCACGGAUGUUUCUGUUUUUGAGGCGAACCUUUUUUGCAACCAGAAGAUUGUAUUUCCCAUUCCCGGUGAAACCUCAACCGAUAUUUGCUUCCUGGCAAUCAUUCUGAUGGGAGGUAUAAUUUUCUUAAUUAUAUAAAUAAUCAAUGGUGAGAAAUCGGUUUUCAAGUUGGGAUUUCUUGAGCUUGGAGCUAGCUUCAGUUUGUUAUUUUGCAUUUGUAGUACACGGGAUUGUAUUAUCGAUUCAUCUCUAGACCUCAGAUCUGAACAUUUUUGUUCUAUGUGUGUGUAAAUAAAAAAAAACCCGGGGCUUUAUUUUCUUAAAAUAUUAUAAUAGACUGCUGCUUUUACGACUGGUUCAGCGAUACAAGAAGAAGAAGGUAAAAGAGAAAACAAAAUGUUGCCUUCACAGGAAGCCUCCAAGCUUUACCAUGACAACUACAUGCGAAACUCCAGAGCGAUUGGAGUGCUAUGGGCAAUCUUUACCAUAUGCUUUGCCAUUAUAAAUGUGGUCGUGUUUAUCCAGCCUUACUGGAUUGGGGACAGUGUCAACACCCCCCACGCCGGCUAUUUCGGCUUGUUUCACUACUGUGUGGGAAACGGCAUGUCGAAUCGGGAGCUCACCUGCCGGGGUACCUUCGCAGAUUUCAGUUCCAUUCCGUCGAGCGCGUUCAAGGCAGCCUCCUUCUUCGUGCUGCUGUCCAUGGUGCUGAUCCUGGGUUGUAUCGCCUGCUUCGCUCUCUUCUUCUUCUGCAACACGGCGACUGUUUACAAGACCUGUGCGUGGAUGCAGCUUCUCUGUGCUGUUUGCUUGGUCCUGGGCUGUAUGAUUUUCCCCAACGGCUGGGACUCAGAGGUGGUGCGGGACAUGUGCGGGGACGACACGGACAAGUACACCCUGGGGAACUGCUCAGUGCGCUGGGCUUACAUCCUUGCCAUCAUCGGCAUUCUGGACGCCCUGAUUCUCUCCUUCCUCGCCUUCGUGCUGGGGAACAGGCAAAACGAUCUGCUGCAGGACGAUCUUACGACUGAUAACAAAGAUUUCACUAUUACUGGGAGGAUCUAAUGUUAGAUUGAGGUCCAGGAUCAUAGGCCAUCAAAGGCUGGAUUUCAUGGAGACCCCACCCCCACCCCAACACCUUCUCUCUACCAAUCUCUGUCUCCUCACUCCGGGAUCAAACACUAGAACAAACUACCUUUAUAUAUAUAUAUAUAUAUAAACACAUUUCCUCUUGAAAAAAAAAACAGCUUUGUUUUAUUUAUGUAUUGUUUUCUAGUUUGGACUACAAAAUGAAACAAUAUCAGAGACAUGUAAAUAUUGAGAAAAGGAGAAAUACCAUGUUCACAAGAUUCUUCAUCGGCACCCAGGUGCAAUUCAGAGGAAAAACCAAGCAAACUUAUUUUUUUGUACAGCACAAUACGGUAUGAUUUUCUGUUGCUGUUUAAGAAGAAACAGACUGUAACAUCUCUUUCAUAUUUGUAAAUGUAAAUGGACACCUAAAGAGUUAUUUAAGAUGAAAAAUAUUCUAAAAACAAAACAGGGUAAGAGACAUAAACCAUCUUUCAUUCAAGUGGCUUGCCAGGUCGUUUCUAAUUAACCUUUUAUAUACAUAAAAAUGUUUAACACUCCUGGGAUGCCUUGCAAUAGACCCACAAGAGCACGUUGUUCAUUAGAACUUGAUGAACCGGCCCUGCAAGUUGUGUUUAAUUACGGUACGUCCUUCCACUUGAAGCAAUUUCUGAGAUUCCAUGCAUCUUGAUUGAGGAAUUCAGAUGAAGACUUCAAAAUGCGUGCAAAUAGCAGGGGGUAGCUUUUAUACAUGUCUGUUGGGACAAUAGCCCUGCAUGCUGCAAACUGCUUUGACAAGAAAAACACAAUCUUUUUUGAAAGCACACUUAAUCUACGCCAGUCCUGAGAUAUGCACUUACAGAGUUAUCAUUGCUGUUAAGUGCAAUUGAAAACAUGCCAUGUGUGUCAUUCCAGGUGCUGGCAGCAGAUUCAGUGCAGUUUUUCAAACAUUCUUUGGAAGGUGGUUUUUAAUAAAAGCACACGUGUAUAUUUCUAUUUUACUAAAUACAUUUAAGGGCUUUAAACUAAUACAUUAAUUUAGGGAACCUUAAAUACAAUGAUCAAAUCAUUUUUUUAGCAGCCCUUUAUGGGGGAAAAAAAAUAGUUUCUUAUAGGGCUGUGCAGCUGCUCAGAUUUUCCAAGUAAUUCCCUUGAAUCUGUUUAAAGUCAGCAGGUUUUAAUUAAAAACAAAAAAAAUGUUAAAGAAUAUGUUAAUUGCAAAACACAAAAUGCAAUCGACACAUUACUACGUGCCAAUGAUAAAAAAGGCAAUGUGAAUUAAUAUAACAUUGUGAGAACUUGUCAGAACCUAUUAAAACCACUAAUGUUUUAUCCGUAAUUUGAUAUAGAAUCAAUUUUCUUUUGCUUUUCUAAUAAUACUUCACUUGCAUUCAACACAUGAAUUGAGAUGGAAGUUUAUUAGACACGAGCAUUGGACAGGAGUCACUGAAACUGCUGAAUUAUUGGAAACAAGCCUGGGCCUUAGUGAAGUGUUAUUAGCAAUCAAAUGAAAAUGGAUUUUAUAUCAAACGGAGGAAACAAAGGUAAGAAGAUAAUGUGAGUGGUUUUAAAAGAUUAGGAUGUGACAAGUUAUUGGAUACUUUUAUUUCACACUGUCAGUCUUAUUGUCAUUGAUUGAUACUUAAUGUGUAGACUGUAAAUGACUGAGAAAGCAUAAUGGCGUGUUUCACAAUAGCAGGUUACAAUUAAUCUCUGCUGGCUUAAAACAUGUUAAAGGGAAUUACUUGGAAAAUAUCUGCACACCUCUAUAUAUUGGCACACUGACUCCCAUCAAUCCUACCUGGGAACAGGCAAUGGGAGUAUUGAAAAUAACACUCUGCUUCUAUAUGAAGUUAAAAAUGACUCAAGAUAUGUAGUAUUAUAAACAGGCAACAAACCAUAACUAUGAUUUAUUUUUAAAGACACCAUAUAGUAAAUAUGAAUAAGCAGCCUCGUCAUGGAGCACUAACAAGCAAAUGUUUCCAUUUAUGUUUUAGAUUUUUGCUUCAAAAAACAUGGUGAUAAAGAUUUAGCUAAUCAGCAAGCUUUUAUACAUAAUGACAAAAAGUACACCCAAAACAGUUGCAGGUGUGGUGAAUGGUUAUGGUGUCAGCCAUACAUGUUUUACUGCAAACCCAUAUCUUAUGACCAUGGCUUUACUACUAUGGUCAUCCACAAUGUUUCCCAAGAUAUCUAAGCCACAAGCAGGCCACUCAUACAAACCCUGUACAUUUUAACUUGAUUAUGUGUGUAUUUUAUAGUUGCUGAAUUAUCAUGCACACAGAUCACAAACAGAACAGGAUUGACUAUCAUAGAAAAAAAAAAAAAAAAACUCUUUGACCAUAAAUGUUGAUAGUAUUUAAACACGUAUUUCAUCUGCAACUUAAACACUCAAAUCAAAAGAUAAUCAGCACAGUAGUAAAAUAAACAUGUAAAAUUGCGACAAUAGUUACCAGUAAACAGUUAAAGAACAAUACAGGGAAGAAAGUGGCAGCACUAUGCAGUCACUCUUUGGACUAAACUGCACUUGAUAAUGUAACACCUCAAAUAAUACAAAACACCUCAGUCAGGAUUCAUUUUCACCUCUGAAGCAUGUUGAAGUGUUAGUGAACACCCCUUACCUUGUGCUGUGUUACAUUCUCACUUACUGGUGCCACCUCCUGUGUAAGUGCUGUCUAUAUUUGAGCUCCAUCUCUACACUAUAUAUGCUUCCUACUUCUCUUCCCUCUGAACUACAAAGUGGAUAAUGUGCUGAAUUUGAGUGCCCAGAUCACCUGGGGUAGGUUCUGACCUGGGUAGAUCAUGCCAGUGUGAAAGGGGCUUAUUUAAAAACUGCAAAAAUAAUUUAGUACACAGGAGGGAGCCACACUAAGUAAAAUAAAAGUUAAAUAUAAAAAUGGUGUCAUGCUUAACCAAUUCUGUUCUCCUUCAGUGGGCUAAACCUCAAUAUAAAACAUUUGGACAACAAGAAUAGUUCUUCAUUCAUUCAGAUAACCUCAACUCCUAAACACACUCCGCAGACAUACAAAUCUACAUGGAUUGUUUCCUUAAUACCAGUACAGUAACCAGUUUCCAAAAGUUAAAAACUUGCACCCUAUGUGUGUUGAGUAACUCAGAGCAGCUCAGUUAAAAAACCCACUUAAUGGCAUGUUCUGUUCCGCUCCUUCUAAGUGGUUCAGAGCUCUGAGCAUUUUUCAUCAGGGAACUGGAGGAGCAGAUAAAAUGCAUGCUGGAGAAUUCUUAACCAACUGACAGAAGAUGUUCAGUUCAGGAUUGAAGUGCUCCCUCACCGUCUAUGAGCCCUAAAUGCACAAGUUAAAACUGUCUGUACUCUCUCCCAGGACUGGAUAAAGGUAUAUUGUUGGGAUAAUGUAGUUAGGUCAAGCAAAACGUGUGAACAACAUGCAGGUCCAUCUCAGGAGUGUCUUUCUGGUGUUGGCAAUUUUAAAUCCUGCCCUUGUAUUUAAACGCUGUGGCUGUCCUUACUCUGGCAAGUGCUGUGGCAAUAUCACUGGCAAAUUAAAAAAACAAAACAUAUAAAAAAGAAAUAUAUCUAAAAAACAAAGGAAUUUUAUAUGAAAGAAUUCUGAAAUAUAUCUAAAUUACUUCUUUAUGGGACAAGUGAAUAUAUUUGAAACAUAAACCAAGGCCUAAAUAUAUUACAGAUGUGUGUAGAAUAUUUUGUAAAGCACUAUUUCUAAAAUGUAAUGAAAUAACUUGUGUUUUACUAUUUUUUUUUUAUAUAUAUAUAUAUGUAUAUAUACAGUAUAUAUGGGCGGUCAAUGCUUUGUGACUCUGAUACCCUGCUGUAAGCAAUGAGCGAUAAGCUGCCUCUUAAGAUGGCAAACUCCUCUAACUGGUGCUUUUUCAAACCCCUAACAAUUCUCGAGUCACAUGACACAGUUAGUGGCUGUUCUUGACUUGAGCAGUGACGUAUCUUUAAAAGGAGGGGAGUUGACGGAGGUAGAUAGUGGCAGCUGGGGUCUUCCCAUUACAAUUGGGCAACUUGGGGUAGCACAUAAUAAUAGAAAGUUAUUGAAGGACUUGCUCUCAGUAAGUGUGCCAAAAUCAGUGGCCACACAUUCAAUUGCAGCUCAGUCCCCCUUACCACCAUGCCCUAACCUUUUACAAAUAUUACCCACUGACAAUGCAGAAUAGCACUACAAUGGUACAUGGAAUCGUAAUAGUUAAUGCUAUGAACUAAUUAAUACCAGACAUGAACACCCACUGUAAAUCACUUUGAGCCAUUUCAGGUUCACCUUUUGUCUAAAGUUCAGAUUGGACUCUAUUGACUCACCUUGUGAAGUCUAGAAUGGUUCAAAUUGCUGUGCAAUAGGAGUCUUAAUUGUAUCCCUGUGAUACCCACUGGUACUCCAUUGCAGUACUGCAGAUACAAUCUCUGUUCCAGCAUGGUACCACUGUGCAAUGCUAAUGGUGAUAAAGCAAGACAAACGGGUUCUAUAAUGAUAUCCCAAUGGUAUGAGAUUAAGUAUCUGAUACACUGAUAUAUAUCAUCAUGCUUACUUCAGUGCCCUUGAUAGAAAAAGGCCAUAUUAAAAAGUACUGAAUGCUGCUUAAACCAUAAGAUAGACUAUGUUGCUGCUGCUGGUGUUAAAAAUAUGGUAUCUGUCCCUGUUUCUUCCUUCCCCCAAAAUUUUGCUAUGGAAAACUAAGGGACUCUCUUAUUUGCUGGACAUCACUAUUCCCACACAGAGUCGUAACCAGAGCUGACAUUCUACUGAGGUCAAACUUAGGUUUCAAGCUAUAGCUGGCAGUAUUUAUAUGACUGCUUGGUAUUUACUAUUCAACCUCCAAAUCUAUGUUACACGGCAAACCAACAGAGAAAAUGAGUCUUUUGUACUUUACCAGAAUUUUUACAUGAGGAUCAGCAUUGAUGAUGCAAAAAAACAACUGAAGACACGACCUCUGUGUCCUCAGCUAGUUACGGCCAUGUUCCUACAGUACCUGCGCUAUGGUAGACUGGGUUAAAAACCCAGGACUAUAGAUGCCAAAACCUCCAUUUAGAAAUUUCCAUUUUUUCCCCCCCCCCGAUAGUCCUAGUUAGGAAACCGCCAUCCUUGAACAGCUACCAAAACUCACUCUUUGACUGAAACUGUCCACUAGAAAGAAAUAAACACAAUGUUGCCGAGUGAUACCCUGCUGUGUUUAAAUUGUGCCACAUGAGUUAUUCUAAGGAACCUGAUGUCUGUGAGAUAAUGUUCUUUUUUUUUUGAUGUACAAUCAAUUUGUGUAAAAUAUCCUUGUUUAGAUGUUCUGAUUUUAAUUAGCUGUACCAUUUCAAAGGACUGUUUUCAUGAGUGUGUCACAACAAGGUUAAAUCUGAAAAAAUGUCUUGUCUUUAGUCACAUCAAUGGACUUUAUUGAAGAUAAUAAUAAAAGAAAAUGAAAAGGGGCCAGGCAGCGGGCUAAUUC